AUGUCGGAACGCGGCGAUAGCGACGUGGACGCGACGGAGGAGAUCAACGUAGACGACUCGGAUUCUCGUAGCUGCAGUCCGCGAAAUUACGCGAGCCACGACGGUCGCCACGUGUCCCAGGAGACGUCCGAAUGCUCCACUUCGCCACCCCCGAGCCAAACCGGCACGAGAACGCUGCCGAAUGACUCUUCCCGAAGCCACCCGUUCAGCAUAAGUCGUCUGCUGGGCGAAAGCGGCGUUCGAAACCCUCCGAAGAGCCCAUCCUCGGAAGAGCCGGAUAGCGACAAGGAGAGAAAAUGGUCCUGGGAGGAGGGCAAUAAUAACAAUAACAACAACAACAGUCAGACGUCUCUGGGCGGUGUCCUGGACGAUGGCAGGCGGUCCUGGGGCCACGAUGUCGAGGAGAAACUGUCGGAGAAGGAUGACGACGACAGCACGCCCGACACUCGAGCCAACUCAUCGUCCUCGUCCGUUCACUGCGCCUCGGCGGCGGACCUUCUUGCCCCCUUCCGGCUCUUUCCUACCGGUACUAAUCUCAUCUACACCGGCGGCGGGGUCAUAAGGGUACCGGCGCAUCGGCCGCCGGGAGCGAACGGUGCACCGACCGGAGCUCUCCCUGCACAGGCCCUGAUACCACCCUGGAGCCUGCAGGCCCUACAACACAGUCAACAACAGGCCGCGGCAGCGGGUCUCCACAGGGCGAGUCUCUUGGCGAACCUCGCCGCGCAUCCCCUGCAACCGCAUCCGCAUCUCAAGGAUAGACUAGCAGUGGCCGGAGCAUUUCCGAGGCGGAUCGGUCAUCCCUAUCAGAACCGGACGCCGCCGAAGAGGAAGAAGCCGAGGACCAGCUUCACGAGGCUGCAGAUCGCCGAGCUGGAGAAGCGUUUUCACAAACAAAAGUACUUGGCAUCCGCCGAACGAGCGGCGUUGGCCAAGUCGCUGAAGAUGACGGACGCGCAGGUGAAAACCUGGUUCCAAAACAGACGGACGAAAUGGAGGAGACAAACGGCGGAGGAGCGGGAGGCUGAGAGACAGGCCGCGAAUCGGCUGAUGCUGUCCCUUCAGGCCGAGGCCCUCGGCAAGGUGGCGUACCCAACGUCGGUGUCUGGGCAUCCGGGUGGCACGCCAGUGUCCAGCUUGGACGGCAGACAGCAGUCGUCGGCGACGGCAUUGACCCAUCCUGGGGUGGGCCAGUGGGCCUCCCCUUAUGGUCCACCGCAGCCUCUCGCCGAACCAAUUUGCUGAAGCGCGACGACGAAUCGAAAUAGUCUCGCCAAGUGAACCGUCGCACCAUCGUCUUCGUCUCGCGUCCGACGAGGAUCAGAUCGGAACGAGUCGGAUAUCAAACUCGCUCGUUCAUCAAUUUCGAUCUAUGUACAUUCCGUUCCUUCAUUUGCUUCACGAGAUUAGCGAACGGCGGGACACUCAUUCGCUCAUCGGUCAAUCAAUAUAAGGUAAUGAUAGAGGAGAUUUUUUUUUCAUUUGUUUUUCUAGAAUAGUUAUACGAAACGUAGGCUACAUUCUAGAGCAUCGCCUUCCUUCUGCCUUACGAUAUUCAGGCGACAACCAUGAACACGAACGUCCUAAUGAGCACCGCGAAAUCGAACAUAUGUACAUUGCCUUACGCACCACGUAUUCUCGGAGUUGUACCGCUUGUUUAGCCACAGCUCGAGGUUUUGCCAUAUUAUUGUCACGGUUUAAGCAGUUAAGCAGCCGCGAGCAGCCGAUAUAUCGUCAAUACGACACGAUAAUCGUCCUGAAUUUAUCAUGUACGAAAAAUCGGAUCGCAUUAAAAGCGUCCGUUCUUCCUCGCGAAAUGAAAUUGUCGCCAUUAAGCCCGGUUGACGCGACAUUAUCGACAUGUACGUGUCUCAAUUCGACGAAAUAAAGCCGUGGGAGUGAGAGAAAUCCUCUCCGAACGUUAUUUUCAGAUCGCGUCAAAUGAGUCCGAACGUUCCGAUAAUUUAUUGACCUACUCGAUCUUUUCUAAAGGGAAGCUGUACGUUAUGCAUCGUGUCGAGAGAAAUCGUUGAUUGCAAAAGCGAAGACUAAGGUCCGUAUUUACAUCCUCAUUUAACAUCGCAUUUCACGCUGGAUGUGGCCGGAUAAAUUCUAAACAUUAUCGUAGAUGCACUAGCGAAUAAUCAGUUAAGAGGAAUAUAUUGUUGAGAGGGAGGGAUAGAGAUUCAAUUCUUUUUUUAACGACUAAAAAUAUUUUUCCAUCAUAAAAAUGUAAAUGCGGACCUAAUGGAACAGUUGACAUGACAUAUCUUGUGUACAUAUUAGGCACCAUAGUUGUAAUUAGACAUUAUAUUAUACUUGUACGAUAUGAAAUAUACUUGUAUACGCGAAAAAGAAAAAGCGCUGUCGUGACAACGUAUCGACGGCGUACGUUCUCUUUGAUUGUUAUAUGCGUCCUGUAUAUAUUACUUUGCGCAACGCGCGACAAGAAAUUCAAUCAAGAUUACAUUAUAUCCCGGAAUAUUAUUAUGAUA